AUGAUGAUGCCGCCGCCGCCGCCGCCGCCGCCCCCGCCGAGGUUCCUGGAGAUUCCGGGCAUGGUUCCUGGCAUGCCGCCGCCGAUGCCAGGAACAGCGUCGGCUAGAUACAUGAUGCCACCCGGCCUCAUGCCGCCACCACCGCCGAGCGGGAUGAUGUUUCAGCCGCCUGGGAUGCCGCACCACCACAACCCCGCCGGUAUGACAACGCCACCGCCGCCGCAGCAGCACCAGCCUGGCAUGAUGCCUGUGUGGAUGCAGUCGCCGCAGCACACGCAGCAGCUCCAGCAGGCACCAGGCAUGAUGAUGCCCAUGAACAGCAUGAUGCCGAUGCCCAUGUCCAUGGGUGCUGUCUCUUCCCCAAUGUCGCCGGGUCAGCGCAGCAGCGGCCCGCAUUCGCUCCCAUCGCAGCAGCAUCAACAGCACCCAGGCAUGAUGAUGCCCUUCUACCCACCGCCACGGGCACCACACGGGACGAUGCCGCCCUUGCCGAACAUGACACCUCCAUCGCCGGCUAUGAUGAUGCCGCGCGUGCCCGUACCCGCCACCGGUCCAGCAUCAGGUACAAUAAUUACACCGCCCGCGGCAGGCUUGAUGGCCCCUCCCCCGCACCACCUGCCCUUCCAUCCACACUCGGGCAGUGUCAUCGCCGGCGGCGCUCACAGCAUCAACAACACUCAGAAUCACAUCAACACCGGUAUGCUGACUGCGGCAAACAGGCCCCCAUCCAUGUCGAUGCCGCCCCAACCGCCGCCACCGAUGAUGAUGAUGAACCACAACGUAGGCUCUAUGAUGCCGCCGCUGCCGAUGCCGCUACCGCCGUCCGUCUCGGCUAACGCGCGCGUGAGCGUCGGCAACGCCACGUUGGCUGCGCUGAACUCGAAUAAGCCGCCGAAGUUCUCGUGUGUGCUGCUCUCCGGCAUCCCGGCUGUUGGCAAGACGACGCUCGGCCGUGAGCUCGUGAAUAGCCUCAAGACCGACGGCAUGGGCUGGGCAUUCUUCAGCGGCGCGGACUUCCUCACCGAGCAGCAGGGCAAGCGGUCCGUAUGGGAAACAACAAGGGACGUCUUUGACGCGCUCAGCAGUCGCCUGGACGAGCUGCUGGAGAGACAGCACCAGGCCCGCAACAUCAAGGGCCUCGUCAUCGAUAAGAACUGCAAGGGCAUCGAGGACAUCUACUACCUGAACGCGCUGCUGCUGUCAAAGGAUAUUCCCUUCGUCGGCAUCGUUGGCUUGGAGUGCGCUGACGACGACGUGCUUGUAAAACGCAUGGGUGGCGACGACUACCUCCGGGAGAAGCUCAAGUUCCACCGCGUCAUUCACGCCCGCAUCGUGAGCCUCGCCAAGAGCGCGGGCAUGUACCGCUACGUCGACGCCACUAAGAGCAAGGACGAGGUGAUCCAGCUGCUGCGUACGAUGGUGCUCGGCUGCUGCGCGCAGCCACCGACGCGGAGCAUUGGCAACCACCAGUACGACGACUCCCGCGCCAACAUUAUGGUGGACGACUACAGAGAGUACAGCGAGGUGCUCACGCACUUGUUCCGCUGCGUGAACAACCGCGGCUCGCAGUUUCCGACGAGCACCGACCUCGUGCCCUUCUCCGAGAAAGAAAUGAAAGACAAGGGCCGCCUCAACGCCAUCAAGAGCCGCUACGGCGUCCGCAGGAAGGUGAACGGCCACCGCUACCUCCUCCUCUACCGGGAGAAGAAGCUCUACCUUGUACCGCCGCACAUGCGCGCUGUCCUGCAGAUGCCGGCCCAGGCGUGGCGUGGACGCCACCUCGACAGUGACAACGUUGACACAUUUGUGCUCGAGGGCGACCUCACGCGGCUCACCCGCGACCGGCAGAAGGAGCUCUUCCUGGUGUACGACGCAUACUACUGGAGUGAGGCGUCACUGCCGAGCUCCAACAAAAUGAUUCGCAUGACCUUCUCGGAGAGGCAGGCCUUCCUCGCCGCACACAUGACCAACGAGACGAAGGCCUUCUUCGCGCAGGACGGCGUCGAGUGCGUGGUGGUGCACCAGCCGACGCAGGCGAUGUCGGAGGCGGUCAACAUGCUCGACUCCAACGAGUACCCGAGCGACGGUCUCGUCUUCCAGCCGGUCAACCCGAUCCACCGCAGCGACCACGUCUUUGUAUGGCAGCCGCCGUCCUGCAUGGCCGUCGACUUCCGCAUCGGGCAGCUCCUCGCUACGCACCAGCCGCCAGAAACAGACGCCGACGACAUGGCGACCAACACGACCGCCGCGAUAAGCGACAUUCGCCGCAGCACGAGCGACAUCGCCUCGCUGCAGUCGGUGUCGUUGACAACGCGCCGCGGCAACGCUGACGGCGUCGGCGACUCUGCCAUUCGCACCUUCACCCUUGAGGUUUACGACAAGACAGAGAAGAUGUAUGUGCAGUACGAGGACGCCACGGUUGACGUGCGCCACCCCGACGUGGUGGCGGGCUGCAUCGUGACGUGCAGUCUUAUGGACACCCCGCAGCGACGCUGGGCGUUCCGCUGCAUUCGGUAUGACGUGCUGCGGCCGAUCUACAAGCUGGACCUCGUGGAGCUGCUUGGCUCCUGCCUGAUCCCGCGCGCAAAGGUCGUGUCGUGGCUGAUGAAGGAGCAGAUCGUGCCAUCAGAUAUUCAGUCGGAGGGGAACGGGGGCGCCGCCGCUGGCAGUGCUGGUGGCAUCGCUAGCACCUCCAGCGUGCCGAGUGUGCCGCCGCCGUCGUACAAUGUGGCUGCGGCGGCCGCUGCAGCGAACGCCAAGGCUGCUGCUGGGCCGAUGAGCAUAAUGCAGGGCCUGGCGAUGCCGCCACCUGCACACGGCAUGCUGCCGCCGCCGAUGAACAACAUCGGUGCCCCGCCCGCCUUCCACGCCGCCGCCGCCGCUGCCGCUGCCGCUGCCAUUCCGAUCGGGCCGACGACACCGACUCGCUUCACCUACCCAUCCGCCUCUGCUAUGCUGUCGCGCGUGGCAGCCGUCUCGGCAAGGGUGGAGUCGCCGCCCGCUGUCACUACCCCGCGACCGCUGGCACAGAUGAGCACAGAGACGCAGUUGAAACAGUUGGCGAGUAUUGUCCCGUCCUUCCACGUUGUGGAUGGCAGCAAGGCGAGCGCGGCCGGCAGCAACGGCACGGUCGCUGUGCCGGGGGGUAAGAGUGCGGUGUCGCGCGCGACAAGUGGCGUGUUCAGUGGUGGCGGCCGCAACUGUGCGCAGUGCCACAAGCCCAAACAAGGCGAAGACCUUCGUAUGGAUCGCCGCGACCACCGGCACUACUGUUACUCGUGCUGGGCAGAGUCCGGGUAUGGUUUCUGCGCCCUCUGUGGCGAGUUCAAGGAAGUGCGGCGGGAGUCAAAGGGCCGCCACAAGGGGUCGGCAGUGUGCGCGCCAUGUGGCAAGACGGCGAUGACGGCGCUUGCGGACACCGCCAGCAAUAGCGCCUCUCCCGCACCAGCGGCUACUGCUGCGGUGGUGGCGCCGAAGAGAACAGCCUCCGCUUCCACAACGCCGGCUACUGGCGCGGCGGGGGGGGCGGCGGCUGCGGAGGCCAAGGCCGAUACAGCGUCGCCCGCUAAGACUAGGAAGAAGGCCGCGGCCAGGAAGAAGGCUGCUGAGGCCCCUACGAGCACGGACAGUGCAACUCCGGCAGCGGCGGAAGUGAAACCGACAGGCGGCAAGGAUAAGGUAGCAGAGGAUACCGACACCGGCAGCCAGGUAGCGGCGGAGAGCACGGCGCCGAGCCCGACGGCUGGUAAGGGUAGCGACGCGGCGCAUGCGGCAAAGAAGAAGAGACGGAACAGGAAGGGCAUAUCCGCACCGACUGGGGCGUCGAUGUUGGACUCGUCGCCGGACGGGGCAGCGGAAGCCGCGCCUAGCCAAGAGCCGGAGUCAGAGAAGCCGACGGAGAGCUUACUCACCCAGGCGGCCGCUGAGCUGGAGCCCGCCCCUGCGGCUCACUCUGCGGUGGCCGCUGAGCCGCCCACGGAAGUUUUAGUUGCCCCCACCGCAUCCGCAGCGCCGCCUUCUGUACAGAACCCGUCCAAGGCGGACGUGCAUGAAGAGAAACGUAGUGGUGGUGGCUGCCGUCCGCAGUAG